AUGGAGGAGGUCCGCAAGCGAGAAAAGGAGGCCAAGGCCUACCUCGCCGCACAGCGGGAGGCCCGGGAGAAGGGCAUGCCAGUCCCUGGAAUCGACGACAAGAGAAGCGCAGGGGAGCGAUCUCCCGAAGCCAAACGCAAACGCGAUCUGGAUGAAAUUGACCGCUACGUGCCACCCGGUAGGGACAGAGAGCGACCUCACGACCUAGCCCGAGAUGAUAAUGACCGUCGCCGAAGUCGAUCUCGCAGCCGUAGUCGCGGCAAGGACCGGGACCGCGAUCGGGACCGUGAUCGUGAUAGGGAUCGGGACAGAGACAGGAGGGACCGCGAUCGCGACAGAGACCGUGAUAGGGACCGGUCCAGGGAUCGGCGAGACCGGGAUAGAGAUAGAGACAGAGACAGAGACCGAGAUCGUGACCGCCGCAGCCGCAGAGAUGGGAGCAUUUCUUCGAGGCGGGACAGACGUGACCGGAGCCGCAGCCGUCGAAGAAGCAGGAGUCGGUAG